AUGACCGAGCCUUCCAGCUCAAUUCCCAAUGUCUCCUUCGACAACAUAAUCAACUUCCGCGAUGUGGGACGGACGAUUAACCAGUUCGCCGGGAAGAAACUCCUGAAGGAGGGGGUCCUAUUCCGAAGUGCUCGACUUGAUGAAGCCUCUGAGGAGGAUAUCCGUCGGCUGACGGAUGACCUGAACAUAAGGACUAUCAUUGAUUUACGGUCUACAACAGAACAUCACAUGGCUAUAAAUAAAUACAAAAAGAGCCAUCCGGACACCACCUCCGAGGGAGAGCAACAGCAAGGCGAAGAAGAAUACAUCCAUCUUCCCUCACUCUUCAAUACCAAGACAAGCCGCCACCUAAUCAGCCUUACGGGCCGGGCCUUUGAAAAGCAACUACUAUGGCAGCUCGAUUGGUGGAACUUUGCCAAAGUCCUCACCUGGCUGGCAGCCGGCUACCGCCAAGACGCCGUGAAGCUAAUCGGCGAACACGUAAUGAAGCCCGCGGGCCUAACGGGCCUCGCCAUGACGACGCUGGAAGCAAGCACGGCGGAACUGAAGCAUGUCUUCGAUUUUCUGGGCGCGUCAGAUUCAGUCUCGAACUCUGGUGUGCUUAUCCACUGCACACAAGGCAAAGACCGGACGGGCCUUAUCAUCCUCCUCUCGUUGCUCCUUACGGGUGCCGUCGACGGCGAGACGAUAGCAAGGGAGUAUGUGCUCUCGGAGAAAGAGCUGGAGAGAGAGCCUGCUGAGGAGAAGGAGGAGCGGAUGAGGGAGAUUCGAGCGUUGGGGUUGACGGAGGAGUAUGCGAGGUCUCCCAAGGAUUUUACGGAGAGGGUUACCGAGUUCCUGGUGGAGAGGUAUGGGGGUGUGCGAGAGUACUUUGAUUUUAUUGGGGUCGAGGAGCGAGUCGUUGAGAACGUGAGGAGAAGGUUUUUGGUGUGA